GAUAACCGGUAACGAGUGCAACCUGCUCGUCUGUCGUCUCUCCGGCCUGGUCCUCCUUACGACAGUCGUAUCUGAGAUGUCAGCUGUCCAGUUCCAGUUUUUCUCCAGCGAGUUCUGCCUGGAGGUAGUUUUAUACGUUUUAACUCACCGGAACGAGUAGGACGAGACUGGGUCGAAAUGACGACACGCAGCUUGACAGAGAUCUUCAUCAUCUUCAGGAACAACUCGUCCCAGAACAGAAGCAUCUAUUCAGACCAGUUUAACAAUUCCAAUACCGAUAGAGUCGCAUUGGUUUCGAGUGUCGAUGACAUUGAGCUUGGUGCGAUUCCACCCUCUUGGAGUACCAUCGUAGAAGAUUGCCAGUAUACAAUUGUAAGACUGAAAUUAAAAUUGACAUCACUCGAAGAGCUUCAUUCAAAAGCGAUAUCAAGGCCUACUUUUGACGAUUCAACACAAGAUGAGUUACAGAUACAGAACUUGACUGAGGAAAUAGCUAGGAUUUACAAUGGACUUUAUAAAAAUAUUACUCAAAUUUAUAACGAGUCUUCACAUACGACGUCGGCCUUGGAGAAAAAACUUGUUAAUUCAGUCGCAAGAGCUCUCGUAGCAGAUAUUCAAAAUUUGUAUUCAGAGUUCAAAUCAAUGGAGAACAAUUAUAGGAAUAAGCUAAAAGUUAGAGAAGAGAGAUCGAAGGCCUAUUUUGUGACUGAUAUAUUCGAGGAUGAUCCGGAAGAAGACAUAUUCGAUUUAAGCCAAACACAAGCUAUGGUUCAAGACAAUUACGAGGCCGCUCUUAUUUCCGAGAAGAAAGUGGAAGGUAUAGUCAGUUCUGUGUUAGAAUUGAGGGACAUUUACAAAGAAUUGAGUCGACUUGUUAUCGAUCAGGGUACAGUACUAGAUAGAAUAGACUACCACAUUGAAACGACGCAAUGCCAAGUUAAGCAAGCGACAAUUCAACUGGAAAAAGCCUCCAACUACCAGAAAAAGAACAGAAAGAUGAUUUGCAUCAUUAUUUUGGCGGUUACUACAACAAUUUUAACAGCUUUACUUAUCAUAACAAAAUUGUAAGAAUUAUCGCUGGACUGUGCGACCACAUUUAAUAUUUUAAGCAUCUCAGUGUACAUUUUACUUUAUUAGAAAACAAAUUUUAACUUUUCUUAAAUAAUUU